AUGAAAAAUGCUAAUGAAAACAAAUCGUAUACCAUAGUGAUUAAAUUGGGUUCCUCAUCGUUAGUAGAUGAAAAAAGCAAAGAACCUAAGCUAGCCAUCAUGUCACUUAUUGUCGAAACUGUGGUCAAAUUGAGAAGAAUGGGGCACAAAGUUAUCAUUGUUUCCAGUGGUGGUAUUGCUGUUGGUUUAAGGACUAUGCAUAUGGAAAAAAGGCCAAAACAUUUAGCAGAGGUUCAGGCCAUCGCAGCUAUUGGACAAGGUAGACUAAUUGGGAGGUGGGAUCUUUUAUUUUCGCAGUUUGGUCAGCGCAUUGCUCAAAUUUUACUGACUAGAAAUGAUAUUUUAGACUGGACGCAAUAUAAGAAUGCUCAGAAUACCAUUAAUGAAUUGUUGAACAUGGGAGUUGUUCCUAUUGUGAACGAAAACGAUACAUUAUCUGUUAGGGAAAUUAAAUUCGGUGACAAUGACACUUUAUCUGCAAUCACUUCUGCUUUGAUUCGUGCAGAUUAUCUUUUCUUAUUGACAGAUGUAGACUGCUUAUAUACUGAUAAUCCACGAACAAAUCCGGAUGCUGUGCCAAUUUUGGUUGUUCCAGAUCUCUCCAAGGGCUUGCCAGGCGUUAAUACUACCAGCGGUUCAGGCUCGGAUGUUGGCACGGGUGGUAUGGAAACCAAAUUAGUUGCUGCAGACUUGGCAACAAAUGCUGGUGUUCAUACCUUAAUUAUGAGCAGUGAUACUCCUGCAAAUAUAGGUAAAAUUGUUGAAUAUAUGCAAACUUUAGAACUUGAUGAUGAGAAUAAAGUUAAAGAAGCAUACGAUGGUGACUUAAUGAAUCUGCAGAAAAGGGAAUUCGAGAAAUUGAAGGCUCUCGACGUCCCACUGCAUACGAAGUUUAUCGCUAACGAUAAUAAACAUCAUUUAAAAAAUAGAGAGUUUUGGAUUUUACACGGCCUUGUUUCUAAAGGUACUAUUGUUAUAGAUCAAGGCGCGUAUGCAGCCCUAACAAGGAAAAAUAAAGCGGGAUUAUUGCCAGCAGGAGUUAUUGAUGUUCAGGGCACUUUCCAUGAACUAGAAUGUGUUGAUAUAAAGGUUGGAAAAAGAUUACCAAACGGUGCUUUAGAUCCAAAUUUUCCUUUGCAAACUGUGGGUAAGGCAAGAUGUGAUUACACGAGUGCUGAAUUAAUCAAAAUCAAAGGUUUGCACAGUGAUCAAAUUGAAGAAGAACUGGGCUAUAACGACAGUGAAUAUGUUGCUCAUAGAGAAAACUUGGCAUUCCCACCUCGUUGA